AUGCGGUCCUUCGCUCUUCUUCCUGUAUUAUGUCUCCUGGUCUUGCUGGGCAUGGUCUCGGCUUGGCCACACCCGCAUGGUGAAGUCGUGGCUAGAGCGGAAACAACAUCUGCAGAGACUGCUGCCGAUAAAGCAACAACAGGUGCCGCUGCUACCACUGAGCAGAGCGCCACGAAGACCGAAUCCCAGAGUGAUGCCACAGAAACCGGGAAAAAGACAGGCAAAGAGACAGGGACAGCGACUGGCACAAAGACUGGAACAGCGACGGGCAAGUCGACGAAGACGGGCACCGAUGCCUCCUCUACCUCGAUCGAUCCUCGGGACCCCGUGGGUGGUAUUUCGAUGCUGACGUCCGCCGGAGCCACCACCUACUACAAGAUCGGCGAAUAUGUGACCUUCCAAUGGAAAUACACCUCGCUUCAAGUGACACCGUCGGCCGUCAACGUUGUCGCAUCCUGCAGCAAGAACAGUGAAACGUAUACCAUCGCCAGCAACAUGAGCGUCUCGGAAACUGGGAAGGUUGUCUGGGAUACCAAGAAAUACCAAUCUAAUGCGACGGUUCCGCUGUUGACGGCGACGUACACCUUGUAUGUCUAUGAUGUGAACUCUACGCUUGGAGACACUGCUUCUGCUGGACACUUGGGCUCGCAAAUCGGCUACAACUUCGGAAUGUACACUCCUCAGUCUUACACCCCUCUUGACCAUUACAUCUGUGCUACUUGUAACAGUGCCCUCACCAGCACCGAACGUAAUGCGAUCAAGUUCGCCGUCGGCAUGGCCGCUAUCACCGUCGCAUCCUUCACCUGGUUCGCAAGCGGCACCGGUGCCUUCUCUACGUAA